AUGGGAAGUCUGCAGGAAGCAGUUGGGAACUCUGCUGAACAGAAGGUAGAAGCUGCACAAGUCAUCAUUAGGGAGAUGGUGGACUUGCCCUUUGGACAAAGGUGUCAAGCGCGUGGGACACUGUUGUUGUCGGCGCGUAGCACUCUAGCUGUCUGCUGGCUGGUCUCUUGA